UUGCCUGCCUUUUCAACUUCUCUUUCCAAGUCUCUUUCUUCAGUCUAUUUCCUCCUCUCACCUACAUCUUCUCUCUUCUUUGUUUAUUAAUCCUGUUGGCAAAUUACAAACUACAAAAGUUUUGAGAUUCAGCCAAUUUUUUGCAGGCAAAACUCUUCGUCAUUUGGGCUUUCCAGUACUAUUAACAAGCUUCUGUUCUUUCUCUCAAGUUUCAGGGGUGUUUCACUGUUUCUGUUCUUGCUGCCCAUGUUUUCAACCAAUAGGAAUGGAAGAAAAUAGAGAUAAUCUGUCUGUCCAAGAAAGAACUUCUGACAGAAAUUUGCGUCGCCGUACUAGAUAUGCACAGAUGUCACCAGAGAGAAAGGAAUUAGUUUUAUCCCAGCUAAGAGAAAAAAGGGCUGAAUCGAAAAGACAAAAACUCCUUCAUCAAUCAAAUAGUACUGGCGCUCUUACAAUCAUCACUUCUUCGUUAUCUCCUCAACAAGUUGAAGCUUCCAAAGCUACAAACCUACCAGUUACUUCAACUAGAAAAGAAUGUAUAGUUAAUUACUUAUCUACCUUCGAAGAUCAACAUCGACUGCAUCUCAUACUGCAGGACAAGAAGAGACUUAGAAAUGGAGGUAUUACAUUUUUGGAGAGGAAGAGCUUGAUGGAAAAUCAGAGGAGAGUGAUUCGAGUCCGAGCUGAUGCAUCGAUUUGGUGA